AUUAUUAUAGAAAUAAGUUGAUAAUAGAUUAAGACUGAUUGGAAUUUUAAUUACAAAAUUUACGCUUUAAUUAUAUCUUGGAUAUAUACUCAACGUAAUACAGGGUGUUGUAUCAAGAACGUAUAUAUAAAAAAUCAUUAGUUUAAUAAUGAUAGAAGGACAUGACUUUACUUAUUAAUAUUUCAUUGCUCUAUAUGGAUAUUGAAUUUAAAAAUACGCAUGUUAUUUGUUUAUGUAAAUAUAGUAUAUACAUUUUACAUAGUUAUAUAAUACAUAGAAAAUAAUUAUAAAAUUUGUGGGAAUGGGCAAUUGUUUGUGUAAAGACACUCCAGAAGAUCUUGAAACAUAUAAUGGACAUCAGAAUCAUGCAGAAUCUGAAAAUACUAUAUUACCACAAGCAAACGUAAGCACAGUUGUAUCUGGCGAUACAACGUCGCCAACUUUUAAAUUUCCAACAUCAACUGCUAUUGACAUGCUUGUUCUGGAAACACUUGGAGUUAUUGGAUCUUUGGUUGAUAAUGAACAAGAACCUCCUCCUGCUAUGUUAAAAUUACAUGCCAUUGCGGAUAAAGAGGAUGGUUGGAUACAAGUAGUCAGUUCUAUGAUAAACGUUAUUCCUAUGCACAAUCCAUUAGGCCCUUCUGUUAUUACUUUAUUGUUAGAUGACGGACCUUUGCCUUCAAAAGAUUCUGUUUUACGUUUAUCACAUAUGUUUCAAUUAUCUCAAAGACUUGGAAAAAUACAAACCAGUCCAACGCAACAGCGAAAUAUUUGUGUGGUAUUAGGCUGCAUUGCAGAGAAGUUGGCUGGUCCUAGUAGUAUAGCAAUAUUAUCAGACGCUACAUUAGAUUAUCUUAUUUCAAAUCUUAGAGAUGAUAUUGAACCUUAUGUGGUACUAUAUUCUUUAAUUGCUUUAGAAAAAUUUGCCCAGACAAGUGAAAAUAAAAUAACAAUUAAGAAACGCCUUAUAGCAGAAAAACAAAAUCCAUUAUUAGAACUGGAAAAAUGGGCCUCAGAGUUUCACUAUGUAAGACGCCAAGUGGGUUUCUGUGCACAGUGGUGCCUGGAUAAUUUAUUUUUAAUGGAAGGUAGAAAGUAUUCUCAUGAUGCAGUUGAUAUGACUGGUAUUAAUGUUAUGCUAAAUACAAAGGAUGUAAGCGAGUACCUGAAAAUAUCACCAAAUGGUUUAGAGGCCCGCUGUGAUGCAUAUUCAUUUGAAAGUGUAAGAUGUACGUUUCAAGUAGAUUCAGGAAUUUGGUAUUAUGAAACUCUUAUAAUUACUACAGGAGUAAUGCAAAUUGGUUGGGCUACAAAAGAUAGUACCUUCUUAAAUCAUGAAGGUUAUGGUAUAGGAGAUGAUGAAUUCUCAUUAGCUUGUGAUGGCUGUCGAAGACUGAUUUGGUAUAAUGCUAGAAGUGAAAAAUAUCACGAUAGACCUUGUUGGAAAGCUGGAGAUAUUUUAGGUUGUUUGUUGGAUUUAAACAAACAAGAAAUAAUAUUUUCUAUAAAUGGAGUACCAUUGAAGCCAUGUACUCAGGUUUUCAAGACUGUGAAGUCUGGAUUCUUUGCAGCAGCUAGUUUCAUGUCAUUCCAGCAAUGUCUUUUUAAUUUUGGAAAUGUACCCUUUAAAUAUCCUCCUACUGAUAGGGAAUAUCAGAAAUUUAAUGACCACGCUUCAUUAAAUCCAGAAGACAAAGUUGUGCUGCCCAGACAUAUAUAUGUAGAUCGUUUGAGAAGACUUAGCGUUAGGGAAGAUUCAUGCACUUUAUGUUUUGAUCAGAAAGCUUCAAUAAGGUUACUACCAUGUAAUCAUAGAGGCUUUUGCCAAACGUGUUCAAAACAAUUGGUUGAAUGCCCUAUGUGUAGAGCUACGAUCGAUGAAAUGGCUUUAGAUGGUAUAUGACACUUACCAAGCAAAGCCAUAUUUGUUGAAAAGAUAUUUUUAUUAUGUCUGUUAUAUUACUUUAUGCUCAGACGAUAUCAGGAGAUACUUACGAAGAUAGAAGGUUAUUUACCUCUAUUAACGUAUAGUCUCUUUUGUUCCUAUUAUGAACAUUGGUUUUAUUCAACGUUUAAAAUAAACGACAUGCACUUAACACGUAUACACGUACGUAUGAAACAGAUUAUGUGAAGUAGUAAUGCUGCCAUGGUGGGAUAGAUAAAGAUGUAACGUGAAGUUGAAUGUAAUAUGUGGUAAAGAAAAAUUGGUCUAAAGGAUUCAAUUUGAUGAGAUCUACUAUAUGUGGAAUACAGUCGUGAUAUUAUAUGCAAUUCUCUAUAUGUAGUAUAGUAUUUUGAUAGAAGAGAACUAUGGUUUUUAACCAUAGAAUAUUCCCAAAAACUUUAUCAUAAUUAUGAGGCCUUCUCCUUUGUGACUUUUAAUACGACUAAUGAUAAUACUACAUUUUAAUUAAGCUAUACAAGUCAAGAUGCAGAAUCACGUCAAUAGUAAAUGUUACAAUUUCUGCACCAUCUAUCGUUGAUUUAUUCUUUUUCUCACUGAUCGAUUAUGAAUGGUCAAGUAAUUUUUUGAAUAAUUUAAAUAAUAAAUUAUUCUCUGUAACUUUUUUUUUAUUAAAAUUAUUAUUAAUUAUUAAUUCACUUUGGUGGCUUAGGAAAAGUAACACAUGCUACUUAUAUCAAUCUGCUUAAUAUUUUAUGUGGGUUUUACCUACAACAUACUUUUAAUUAAAUGCCUAAUUAUAACUGAUAACACAUAGAUUAUACAUAUUUUUUUCUACACUAUAGCAUUUAAAAGAUAUAUUAGGUGUAAUUUAGAAACGAAUUGCUAGCAGUUUUUUUUUUUGAAAAUAAUAAGAAACAAAUGUAAAAUAUUAAAUUUGUGACUGGAUCACGAAUUUUUCUAAAAUAUGCCUCUACAAACAUAAACAUAUAUUUUUUAAUCUACAAAUCAUGUUUUCAGUUACCAAUAACUUGAAUGUAUCAAAAUAACUAGCACAUAUUUACAAAUUUAUAGGGGCUAUAUCAUACUCGAGUUGCUAGCGAUUCUUAUAAAAUUAUGAUUCAAAAAACACUUAUAAUGGAUAAGUGACUGGAUCACAAGUCCAUGACAGGUAUAGUUCGAUGUACAAUUUUCUCUUGCAUCAUAAAAAUUUUACAAUAA